AUGGCCGCGACUGGAAUGGGUGUAGAUACACCGCCUUCCGAACCAAGACAAAUGCUAACACUUGCUUCAUGCCCUGCUAAUGGUGACAACGUUGACGAAGACAAGUGUGAAUCCAAAGCAGAUAUUGAUGCCAAAGAUGAUGGAGUCAAGCGCGAUUCCAAAGCAGACAAUGAGGGAAACGAUAAAAUCAACAAUAGUUGUGGUUACAUUCCCGAAGACGGUCUUGAUGGUGACAGUGAAUCGAGCGAGAAUCUUGACACAGAGGAAGUGGAACGAUUUGGUGGUGACGUGACUAACGAAGAGUUCGCUAAUGAGGAGUAUGACGUCCGGGUUGCGUCUGAUCCUGUUGGUUUGGACACGGGUGUUCGUAUAUUGCACACGUUUGAUGUUGGUUCUCACACUGUGGUUGAAGAAACAACCGUCGUGAAAAAAUACUCGUAUGAGAGUCAUGAAGAAAACAGAAUGUUAAUUGAACGUGCAGUUGUGUCGACACUGGAACUUGUAUCUACUGAAGACAAGAGAGAGCUUGAUGGCGGCCCAAACAGCUACAUGUCGUGUGAUACUAGUCAACAUUCAAGCAGAGAAGAUGUGCAGAUUUGGAACGGUACGCACCAGUCGAUAGACAGCAGACCCGAUGACAAGAAUGAUGAAAAGAUCAGUAUCAAUGGAGAGGACGAACAGGCUGUUGGGAAGAAUGUUCUAUCUCCAGUUCUUGAAGAAUUGCUCGAUGAUAUUGGACAACCUAUGGAGGUUGAGCCGGAAGAGGAUCGAGACGUUGACACUCUGCCGGAUCGUGACUCCGCUGGUGAACCAAAUGACGAUAAGAGUGACAGAGGCGAAAGUCAGGAAUUGCAACAAGAGUCUCAGAUUUUGACGUCAGCACCGACAGUUGCUGCAGAACGUCAAAAUGGUGCGAAGGGCAGAUCAGACGCAGCGAAGACGACUAAACCGGUAAAAUCAGCGAAGAGAAAGCAGAGCUUAUCACCACGAAGCGAUAUGACUGAGAUUACUGAUGAUGACAGCACCGGUGAUGGCGUGCGCCAUCUUUCUCCAGCAAAACCUGUCGCUUCUACUUCGACACGUACUCCCAAACGGUUGACGCGUGCAAGUCCAAAGAAGCCAAAGAACACCUUAACUCCUCCGAAAUUUCCUCACACGACACCUUUGCGUCGAUCUACUCGAGUGAAGGUGGAAUCGCCAAAGCUUACGUAUCCUGGGAAGAAUUCUGCUGACCGUGUGAGCACUUCAUCUCCUAAAAAGUCACCCAGAAGUCGUAAGCAUGGGAGUCACGUGACAACGUCGAAGGGUGUUGUUGCAAGACAUCAGAAGGACAGCCAAGCCACAGAAUUUGAUGAUACGAGGGACAAGGCACCACCAUAUGCAUCUGCAGCAGUAACUCAGACCGUUAAACAGGAAAACGAGGCUGGCAACGUGUCGCUUGUGCAUGUGAUGGGGACCGAUGAGCUAGCCGCUAAACUGAAACACGCUUUCCAACGUGCUUCUUUUGCUGGCAAUGCACCAAUCGCUCGGUUUCAACAGCUGAUUGAAGACGAUAUCAGCGGCUUGCGGCACCUGAAUGUGCACAACUUAUUGGAUACUGUGAACCAAUUGGAUGGCCCAAUACUGCAGCUUCAUGUAAAGCUGUUUGGUGUCCGACGUACAACGGGACAAGAUCAAGUGGAUCCGGUGUCAAAGGCAAAAGCGCGGUGCUUGGAGAAAUGCCCCUUGCGCUUCCCGGCACCUCGUCGUGUGGCUGAACAUUUCAUCGUACCGUUGGCGAAGGAGCUGGGUCUCGAGUACGCAAUGCGUCAGCACAGUGCUAAUUUGGUAAGCUGUCCUCUUGAGGGAGCUGUACUAGACUGGCGGUUCCAUCGGACUGAGACCGUGGUGUUUCAACUUGGCGGCACGUCAAUCUGGAAAACUAGAAUGAGUCAAGUGGAGUAUCCUCUUGAGUGCUUCCAUCCAGAGUCGUGGCUACUGGACGAUAUGAUUCAUGUCGCCAAAACUCAUCGAGUGGCUACGAUGGACAAAGCUACGUCGGGGACUCUGUUUACGCCAGCUGAAGAUGUUGGUGCAUUCAACGACAGAGACGAAGAGUUUUCUGAGCAAAAAAAAUUCUUACUGAAGCCUGGAUCAGUCGUAUAUCUUGCUGCUGGAGCAUGGUUCGAAGUUGAAACACAGGGUCCGAACGCGCUGUGGAUGGAAGUGCAGCUAGCCUCGAUGACUUACGAGAACUUGGCGUUUUCAGCAUUGAAACAAUUAGCUUGGGGUGAUAAACAAUGGAGGAUGGGGGUACAAUUAUAUCCUGGCAACCGUGGUCAAUUCAAGGCAACACGACACCACGUGGAAGCAUGCAUGAAGUCUCUUUGCAACGAGAUGGCCGAGGUAGAAGGUAGCGAUUUGUUGCCGGAGUAUCUUGGUACUGAAGACAUGAACGACCUUAUUGAUCGUGGUCUGAUCCAGGAUAGAAGCGUUUCUUCAAAGUCAAGAAGGAUUGAAGUGGAUUUGACAAACCCGAAAUUCAAGUUGAAGCAUGAAAAGGUCUUCAAAGAUGCAGCAUACCGAGUGAACCCAGUCGCAGUUCUCUCAAAUGUAGCUGAAAUUCCACAUUUACCUGUUCCAGAAGGAGUAGCACAGUCUAGUAUAGACAACCCAACUUCAGGAAUGGGGCGGCAUUCGCAUCAUGCGCUAAAAAAGACGUCAAAGCCCCACCCGAAACGAAAGCAGACGAUAGGCACGCUUGCUCAUGGUAGCAAACACACAUACACGCUCGAUGAGCUGUUCGGCAAUGACGGAUUUCAGUCGCAACUGCAUGUGAAGUUUCAGUGUUCGGCAGAGCAUUCGAGAAUGGUGGAGUGGCUCCGUUGUCGAGACUCGGAGCCAUUUGAUCUGGAGGAAUUUAGUAAUUGUGACUCAGCACUACGCCAUGGCACAAGCCCGGCCCGAGGAGAGGAAAGUGCAAAAAAUCUGCUGCGAUUCCUAUGCUUUGUAGGAUAUGUUACUCGAUUGAAGUUGCCAUAG